GGCCCUGCCGAUCUCCCCUAUAAUCUCUGACCCUGUCGCCCACUGAAAACACUCACCUAAGAAUGGAUAAUCUUUUUCAGUUUUAUUGCUGUUUUUUUAAAGUGAUUAUUGAGUGCCAAAAAUGUUAGUGAAAACCAUGCAUUAUUGAAUAAUAAUUCUGAGUUUUGAUAAAUUAAAAUUGAUAAAUUUCAGUGGUUCCAUGUAAGGAAAAUGGAUAGUGUGGAAUUGUUAUUUUUCGAUACUUUUUCCCAUGAUAUUUCUGAGGAAUUGAACUUAGAUUUGGUGCAAUUCCCAAAGCCAGUUUACAUCAGCGAGGUUAGAAUAAUUCCCCUGGGUGCGAGAGUACAGGCAGACUUUCCAGGAGGUGUCAGAUUAGGAGCAACCAAUCCCUCUCAAUUUGAGAUAGAAUUCUUCGUUAACGACCUCAGCAAGCCUGGAGCAUCGACCUUCGAGUCUCUGGGAGGACUAGAGUACAAGCAAAAUGUCAACAUUCAGUUAGAAUGCGAGAGAAAACAAAUUCCCACGGAUGGGCUCGUCCUCCGUGGUUGGUAUACCACGAUAACCCUAGCAGUUUACGGAUCGCUCACGAAAGCCAUCACGAACCCUCCAGAAUUUUCUUCGUCCGCCCCAGCUGCUCCAGUUCCUGUUUCAGUAGAGCCAAAGCCCCCAACAACGCUUCAGAGCGAAGAAACCGUCCAAUCAAACUGGUACUACGAGAACAAUUUGACUGAACCUCAGUCAGUACCUGAACCAGAGCUUUCAGCAACUUCUCUACCAAUCCCCCAACCAAUUCAAACGAUAGGCACAAUUCAAAAGAUUGCGAAACCCCCCGAGUCUCAACAAUGGAUAGAAGAAUCCCCAAAAUCCCUUACUACCAAUCCGAAGAAGCCUGCAUCGCCCCCACCGGAGUCGCUGGUCUCCUUAAGUCCAGAAUCAAUAUCAGCAGAAGAAGAAGACGAUGGAGACGAAGAGCAAGAAGAAGAAGAAGAACAAGAAGAAGGAGAUGAUGAUGAUGAAGAGACGGAAAGGGAGCCUGAAGAGUCAGUCGAAGCCGUGGAACCCUUCGAACCGAUUUUAUCUGAUGAAGAACUCAUGAACGAUGACAUUCCUGGGACUAGCAUGGACUAUCAAUCAGAUAUAUCAGCAGAGCUCCAUGUACUUGAGCCCCCAGAUUUAUUAGACCUGAUGUCACUUCCUCCAACAUCUAUCGAUUGUCAUAAAUCUGAAUCAGACGAUACCGAUAGAAUUCAAGAAAUUCUCAAAUCUUUUUCGAAAUUCUUCGUUCGUCUGAAUACUGCUCCAGGGCAGGAGAAAGAGAGCUUUGUUCAUAAUUGUGAAUUGUUAUGCAUAUAUCUGGGAUCUUCAUGCCACAUAGGAGCAGAAGAUCUUCAAAAUUUAUCAGAGAUGGUUAAUGCAGGAUUAGAUAUGGAAUUAGCAAGAGCUCAGCCUCAACCAGCGUACAAAGUUCGUCAUAUUAAGGUAGGAGUGAGAUUAGCAGAGGCUACGUGUGCUCUUGAAAAAGGUUCUGACGUUUUGCUGAAGGUGGAUGCCCCAAGGAAGCUGUUGACUCUCUGCAUGAGGGAGAACGUCGCCCUCCCCGUGAAACUUGCGGCUAUCAGAGCUCUUGAUGCAGCUCUAAUCAGCCCACGAAUCAUCGAUAAUUUCCUGAAUUCCGAGAACAAUCUCUAUAAAAUAACCCUACUGAUGCUGGAUGAGGCGAAACUUGCUCGACUAAAAUAUGCACUGACUUCUUUGCUUCGGAAAAUCCAUACGUAUGAACUACUUUCUGAAGUUAAACGGACGGGGCUGAAGGAAAUUGAAAUCAUUGAGUUGACUCAGGCUUACACUUGUGCUCCAACACUAAUGGCACAGCCUAAGAGACAGUUACCAGUGAGUAUGCAGAUGGAGUUCGAGCGAGAAGUUGACAGAAACCCCCAGAAGCAUCUAAUCUCCUAUUUUAGGCAUUAUGGUUUAAUGAAACUGGUGUUGUUAACAUUAGUAUGCCCACAAUCGUCGACAAAAUUGAUCAAAGCCGUCAGAAAAUUUCUAAUCCACUUGACAGAAACUGAAGAAGGUCUUCUGUAUCUUUUAGAGGACACGCAAGUGACGAAAUCUAUUUUAAAAGCUCUUAGAUAUAAUGAACCAGGUCUGGGAUCAGAAAUCGCCUGGUGUCUGCAAGUAACUCAGUGUUUAGCUCACUUAAAGCAUUCAAAAAUUUCAAAAACAACGAAUCAAAACGACUGGACUAUAAUGAAGAAGCUUCACUCCUUUUUAACGUAUCCAGAAGGUCUACAUGCAAUAAUUUCAGUGGUCCCUAUAGGCUCAUUCAUCGACAUUUUAAUACCCCUCCUAGCAGACAGGGAUUUAUCGGAAUUUUCCGCUGAAAUAAUCUCUAUGACCAUCAAGUAUUCUAGUAGAGUUGAAAUCCUGCAGUCUCGAGCAUCGUCUCUUCUAGAUGCUUCAAGAACGCAAGUGAUUCUUCGCGAUAUUAGUUCUCAUCUUAACAUAGCAGUUCCCGCCGGCAAUUGGAACUACAACGAUGUGUCCUCUCUGGUGUCGACUAUCAGAAAAUACAGUGACAAGUCCUCAGCACUUCCUGGAGAAUUAAUAACAUCCUGUAGAAUUCUAUACCAUUUAACGUUUCCAUCAAACGGCGACAUUGAUGCGAUGGAAUCGUACGUUGAGUUAAAACACAGGAAUGUGUUGACUCAGCUGUUCGCUGCUGAUGGCUUAACAUCUCUCAUCGCAGUUUUAUCAAAUUUAACCACUUACUACGAGCAACCAUUUCUUCAUCGAGCUACUUUAACUGGUCGAAGAGGGCUAGCUUUGGUUGGUCUCUUAAUAACAUGUGUUAAGCUUAUUCGUGCCCUCCUACAACGAUUAGUUCAGUGUAUGGCUACAGACUUCAAGAAUCUAACUCCAGUGGCUCCCCUUCUCGAAGUUUACUGCUUAGCCGACGCGAUUCCAGGGUCUCACCAUUUCGUGAAACUUCUGCAAGAGGAAAUCGCCGAAACUCUUCUAUUAUUCACAAGAGCAGUAGAUUCAGAUGGUGCUGGGAACGUCGCGAAAUCCCUGUGGACUCAAAUGUUGGGGGAAGUAUUGAGAAUGAUCUCCAUGAGGGCUUGCAAUUUCUUGCCAGGGCUAAAGCUCUUGUCGAGACUAUUGCCACCUACUUUAUGUAAAGGCCAUAACCAUGAGAAGGACGUGGCUAGAGCUCUAGGGCUGAGGAAACUGUGGUCUGCCCAUCUUCAAGCCCAAGCUGGGAACCUAACAGAGACAUUAAGACUCCUGUGUGCCUCUUGGAAUGAACCUCUUUUAACUCUCCUAUCUACAGUAUGUAAACAACUCAGUGACUUAGCAGCACCAACAGCGUUACUCGUUGGAAGAUGUUUGUUGGACAGGAUUCUAACAGCUGCACCUUUGGAGAACAACAUACCAACAUUAGCUCUUCUUAACGAUCUUACUCUUCACCCUCCUGUGAAGGCCACCCUACUCACCCUAUUGAGCCCAACAUCACGAGCUCAAGUGAAAUCUGACCAGAAGUAUCCACCAGUUGUGGAGAUGAUGUGUGCAACAUUGAAAAACAUCAACGAUAUGAAUGUUCAAAGUGAAAUUCUGGAAAUUUUUUAUACUCUUUGCGAUGAUAAUUUGGCUCUAGUGCAAAGUAACGCUACUGAGCCCUUGGAGAUUAGAUUAACGCAUUCUGUGCCUAGUAAGGAACCCUUAAUUUCGAUUUUAACUGCCCUGAUUGAUAUUUUGGGAAAUGCUGGUAAAAAUUCGGAGAUGAGUUUAGAAAUGACGCUUCGCGUUUUACUAUCUCUGACGAAACAUAAUUACGGACUUUAUCACGUGAAAAGUUGCUUGGAAAAUAAUCCAGGUGCUCUCAAAGCGUUCUUAGAUCACGUGGGAUCUCUGGUUCAAAAGGAAGGGGAUGAUUCUGAUAGCAGUCGUCCCUUAAUGAUGCUGACUGUUUCGUUCUUGGAGAGUUUGAUUGCAUGUGGAAAAUCGAGCGAAAGGUCUCUCUACCUGCGGCACCCCCAACUGGCAGCAUUGAUCAUGUGGGAAAAGAAUGUUUCCCAUCCACUGCAAAAAAUUCAAGGGACUCAGGAAUUGGUGAAUGAUUUGGCAGCGGCGCUGGAGGGGAGAGGCGAGAAGGAACCGAUACCAGAAAUGCUGGAGCCUCUGUUACCGACUCCAGAGGCUCUACUAAAUCAAUUUUCGCAGAGGUCAGUAAAAAGGCCAGCAAGCUUGUCACCAGUGAGGUAUCGAAAGCAUCAUUGUGGCUCUGGAAUGACGGCUGAGUCAACUCCAGUAGAUUUGAUAUCUCUAUCUGCAGAAUUGUUGCCUGCGGACUUCAAUUUAUUAACUGAGGCUCAACUUUUAUGUUCAAAGGCUCCAUUGCCAGAUUCUAUGGAACCUCUGCAGGGGAAGGAGGGUGGGACUAUCACUAAGGAUAUGCAAAGACUUAAAAAUUUCCCCAUUAACAAAACUAAGCAACCAUUCGUGACUCCCAUGAGGGGAAGAGCCCAAUUUGUCUCAUCCCGGGGAGGACUGUCAUCUGGAGCAGUGGGAGGCAGGGGUGCAGAUCCCUUCAGGUCUAGACCUCCAAACACUUCGAGGCCCCCCUCACUGCAUGUCGAUGAUUUCGUGGCCCUCGAGACCUGCGGCGCUCAACCCACUGGACCCACCGGAUAUAAUAAAUUAAGUAUUAGAGGCACCGGUCCGCCUAGGGGUGUCAUCUCUAGCAGCAGGUGUCGUGCUUGGAUUGCUGAACCUCGACCACCUUAUCUUAGAUAAAUUGAGAUUUUUUUCACUAUGGUCUAAGUUUUUAAAAUUAAUUACAUUGCUACCAUGUAAAUAUUUAAAUA